AAGUUUGCCAAGAAAAACAAAUCCAUGUGACCCGUCGACCGACCAGCUCUUUCGUCCCCUUUCUUUUCCUAGUGCGCGCGUAUGCUCAUCCUUGUCAUCUUUGUUUAGUUUUACUCCUUUCGAUCGAUCGCUUACCCCUAAGCAAGCAAUCGCUUAACCACACAAAACCUUCACCUCUUUCUUUCUUUCUUUCUUCAACCUCUCCAUCCACCUCGGCCUCUCCUGCAGCCUUUUUCAGUCGUGCGCGCGCCACCAACCGCCCAUCUUUUGCUCACGCUCUUCCACUCCCCCUCUCUCCCAGUCUCAGGCUCCCAGCUCACUGCGUAUAUAUAUCUACACGUUCUUGUAGCGGCGAGCUAGCUCCGCCACAAUAUAAGCCACCAAUCUAUCUAUCCACCUACCAACCUACACAAGAUGGGUAACACCGUCAUGCUGCGGGCGUUGGUGCUCGCGCUCGCGGUGGCCGCCGCCGCCGCCGGGAAGAGGAAGACGUACAUCGUCCACAUGGCCAAGUCGGCGAUGCCGGCGGAGUACGCGGACCACGGCGAGUGGUACGGCGCCUCGCUGCGCUCCGUGUCCGCGGCCAACAAGAUGCUGUACGCCUACGACACGGUCCUGCACGGCUUCUCGGCGCGGCUCACGCCGGCGGAGGCCGCGGGCCUGGCGUGCGUGGAGGGCGUCCUCGCCGUGAAUCCGGAGGCGCGGUACGAGCUGCACACCACGCGGACGCCCGAGUUCCUGGGCAUCGCGGGCGCCGACCUCCUCCCGCAGUCCGGGACGGCGGCGGACGUCGUCGUCGGGGUGCUCGACACCGGGGUGUGGCCCGAGAGCCGGAGCUACGAUGACGCGGGGCUCGGGGAGGUGCCCGCGUUCUGGAAGGGCCAGUGCGCGGCGGGCGCCGGGUUCAACGCCUCCGCCUGCAACCGGAAGCUCGUCGGCGCGCGCUUCUUCAACAGGGGGUACGAGGCCGCCAUGGGGCCCAUGGACACCGACCGGGAGUCGCGCUCCCCGCGCGACGACGACGGCCACGGCACGCACACGUCCUCCACGGCCGCCGGCGCCGCCGUGCCCGACGCCAGCCUCUUCGGGUUCGCGGCCGGCACGGCGCGCGGCAUGGCGCCCCGGGCGCGCGUCGCGGUGUACAAGGUGUGCUGGCUCGGUGGGUGCUUCAGCUCCGACAUCCUCGCGGGCAUGGACGCCGCCGUAGCCGACGGAUGCGGCGUGCUCUCGCUCUCGCUCGGCGGCGGCGCCGCGGACUACUCGCGCGACAGCGUCGCCAUCGGCGCCUUCGCCGCCAUGGAGCAGAACGUCCUCGUCUCCUGCUCCGCCGGGAACGCCGGGCCCGGGAGCUCCACGCUCUCCAACGUCGCGCCGUGGAUCACCACCGUGGGCGCGGGCACGCUCGACCGCGACUUCCCGGCGUACGUCGCGCUCGGCAACGGCAAGAACUACACGGGCGUCUCCCUCUACUCCGGGAAGCCCCUCCCCAGCACCCCGCUCCCCAUCAUCUACGCGGCCAACGCCUCCAACUCCACCGCCGGGAACCUCUGCAUGCCCGGGACCCUCACGCCGGAGAAGGUGGCCGGCAAGAUCGUCGUCUGCGACCGGGGCGUCAGCGCGCGCGUCCAGAAGGGCUUCGUCGUGCGAGACGCGGGGGGCGCCGGCAUGGUGCUCUCCAACACGGCCGCCAACGGCCAGGAGCUCGUCGCCGACGCGCACCUCCUCCCCGCCGCGGGCGUCGGCGAGAGGGAAGGAAUCGCGAUCAAGUCCUACGUGGCCUCCAACCCGAACCCCACGGCGACGAUCGUGGUCGCCGGGACGCAGGUGGACGUGCACCCCUCGCCGGUGGUGGCGGCGUUCUCGUCGCGCGGGCCCAACAUGGUGACGCCGGAGAUCCUGAAGCCGGACAUCAUCGCCCCCGGCGUCAACAUCCUGGCGGCGUGGACGGGCAAGGCCGGGCCGACGGGUCUCGCCGCCGACACCCGCCGCGUGGGAUUCAACAUCAUCUCCGGCACCUCCAUGUCGUGCCCGCACGUGAGCGGGCUCGCGGCGCUGCUCCGGAGCGCGCACCCGGAGUGGAGCCCCGCCGCCGUGCGGUCCGCGCUGAUGACCACCGCCUACGCCACCUACUCCGGCGGGGGGUCGCCCCUCCUGGACGCGGCGACGGGCGCGACCGCCACGCCGUUUGACUACGGCGCCGGCCACGUGGACCCCGCGCGGGCGGCGGACCCGGGGCUCGUGUACGACCUGGGCGCCCGCGACUACGUGGACUUCCUGUGCGCGCUCAAGUACAGCCCCAACAUGAUCGCCGCCGUGGCACGGAGCCGGAACGUGUCGUGUGCCGAGAACAGGACCUACUCCGUGGGCGGCCUCAACUACCCGUCCUUCUCCGUGCCCUUCUCCACGGCGAACGGCGACGGCGGGGAGUCCUCGGCGGCGGCCACCGUGACGCACACGCGCACGCUCACCAGCGUGGGCGGGGCCGGCAAGUACAGGGUGUCCACGUCGUUGUCCGGCGCCGCGCAGGGCGUGGCCGUGGCCGUGGAGCCGGCGGAGCUGGCGUUCGCGGCGGCGGGGGAGAAGAAGAGCUACACGGUGAGGUUCACGUCCAGGUCGCAGCCGUCGGGCACCGCCGGCUUCGGGCGGCUCGUGUGGUCGGACGGCAAGCACAGCGUGGCCAGCCCGAUAGCGUUCACGUGGACCUGAUGGGCACGAUGGGUAGGUUUUUGGCGCCUGAAAAAACGGUGCGUGGGCAGACAACGGUCCCGGUGAUGGCCACGUACACCGCCACGACCGGUCGAAGGGCCCGAGUGUAAAAUUGGGAGGCCUGGAAGGGGGUCAAAGAAAAAAAAGGGGGGGUUGGGGGUGAAAAUUGGAGGUUUCUUAUGUGCUGCAAAUAAGGUCAUUAAAAUCUUGGCAAGUGUCUAGCUAGAUUGUGGUUUUGGAGUGUGAAAUGUUGGUGGUGAUGGAGAUGGGAUGAUGGUGCUCGAUGGGAGUGGAAUUAUUAGGAGGGCUGCCUGGAGGGGCUGGACCUGAUUGCGACGCUGCAAGUGCCAGGGGCAGCUUCACAAUGACUGAUUUGGACCUGUUCUCCGCGAAUGUUUUACCCUAAAUUAUCUCUAUCUUUUUUAAAAUUCCGUGGCGUUCCCUGGAUCGUGGAAUUGGAUUAAUUGGUGGCAUGUUCCCAUGA